CCCCGCGCGCCCGGCGCCGCCCCGCCGCCCCGCAGCUCCGCGGCCACCUGCUGCUCGACCGCGUCCGCACCUGCGCCGCGCCCGCACCUGCGCCGCGCCCGCCAUGGCUGGCAAAGCACAUAGGCUAAGUGCUGAGGAGCGGGAGCAGUUGCUGCCAAACCUGAGGGCUGUGGGGUGGAACGAGCUGGAAGGCCGAGACGCCAUCUUCAAGCAGUUCCAUUUCAAAGACUUCAACCGGGCUUUUGGCUUCAUGACGAGGGUGGCCCUGCAGGCUGAGAAACUGGACCACCAUCCUGAAUGGUUUAACGUGUACAACAAGGUCCACAUCACCCUGAGCACCCAUGAGUGUGCCGGCCUUUCGGAACGGGACAUAAACCUGGCCAGCUUCAUCGAACAAGUAGCGGUGUCCAUGACCUAGGCCCUGCCCUUCCUCUGUGAAUUCUUCAGGGGAAGGGGGUGACUGAAUCGGGAAUCCAGGGAGGGAACCGGGGAGCCCUGAGAUGUUACUGCAGCUGAACGGCCAAGUGGACCCUGCUGCCUCCGGCUAGGGGGAGUCCUUGCUAUGGAAGGAGACGCCCACAUCACCGCCACCCUUUCCUCCCCACACCCCUCUCCAGCCUUGGCGCUCUGUUACACGUACGCUGACUGAGUGCGAUCUUCCCUUUCUGGAAGACUUGCUGGCAACAGUAACGGUCUUCUUGCCAGGCUGUGUCCUGCUCCCUUUCUAAUUCAUUUCCCAGGAAGCUGUGUCUAAGAUGCACCAAGUCUUGUCUUAGAAACCAGGACCCUAAAGUCAACCCCAUUGUAUGUGACAGAAGCACCUGUGCUUUUAUGCCUCAAAUAAAACUCGUGUUUCACUUGG